AAAUUAAAGCCAGGAGGGAAACCUUAUAAGGUUUUCUCCCUCCCCCUUCCUUUUGAAACACAUCGCCGUCGUCAUCUACCCUGUCAUCUCGCUGCUUUCUCAAGUCUCAGAUUACCUCUACACGAGGGCGCACCCAAUGGCUUUACCAAAUCAACAGACUGUUGACUACCCGAGCUUCAAGCUCGUCAUCGUUGGCGAUGGAGGCACUGGAAAAACAACAUUCGUGAAGAGGCAUCUGACCGGGGAGUUCGAGAAGAAAUAUGAACCGACUAUUGGUGUGGAGGUUCAUCCAUUGGACUUCUUCACAAAUUGUGGGAAGAUCCGGUUUUACUGCUGGGACACUGCUGGACAAGAGAAAUUUGGUGGUCUUAGAGAUGGAUACUACAUUCAUGGGCAGUGUGCAAUAAUAAUGUUUGAUGUUACCGCCCGAUUGACGUAUAAGAAUGUUCCUACAUGGCACCGUGAUCUCUGCCGGGUGUGUGAGAAUAUACCUAUUGUUCUUUGUGGAAACAAGGUUGAUGUGAGGAACAGGCAGGUAAAAGCAAAGCAGGUUACAUUCCACAGGAAGAAGAAUCUGCAGUACUAUGAAAUAUCUGCAAAGAGCAAUUACAAUUUCGAGAAACCUUUCCUGUAUCUUGCCAGGAAGCUUGCUGGGGACCCUGCUCUCCACUUUGUUGAGUCUCCUGCUCUUGCUCCUCCAGAAGUACAAAUUGACUUGGCUGCACAGCAACAGCAUGAAGCUGAGCUUGUGGCUGCAGCCAGUCAGCCUCUUCCCGAUGACGAUGAUGAUGCAUUCGAGUGAUCUGGAACUGAUGGAGGACUCUCAAUCCUUUUUCUUUGUCCUUUUAUGCUGCCUUUACUUUGUUGUGCAUUGUCUUCCUUGGGAUCUUCAACAAUAUAUGGUAGGGUUUGAUAAUUAGUAUUAUGGUCAGUUAUGGAAACCAUAGAUCUUAGUGGUUAGGUUUUCCUUAUAGCUAUUGAUUUGUCUAUGUAUGGUUGUGCUGGAUUGGUCUGUGAGAUUUGUUAAUGGAGUCCCAUGUGGGUGUUACGAGUUUUACUUCAAUCAAAGAAGCAUUUAUGCGUUUAA